AUGGAUAUUAGACAACGUCUUGUAAUGGCCCAUUCAGUUGAGGCAUUUAGAGCAACACUUUUGGAAGCAGCAAAAGAAUUAGCACUUGAACAAUCACAAUGGAGAGAAAGAAAAUCUUCGAUUCAUUUAAGUCAAGCAAAAGAACAAGUUUUUGGUCUAGGCAAAUUCUUUCCAUUUCGUGGUCUCAUAGAAGACUUUAAAAUGCGCAAAAAGCAUUAUAUUUCUGACUAUUUAGAUGGUUUAAGAGGUCAUCGUACAAUGCAAAAAAUGUUUUCUUCAAUUAUUUUUCUUUAUUUUGCUUGUCUUCUUCCCGCAAUUGCUUUUGGUGUGCUCAAUGAUGAUAAUACGGGUGGUAGAAUUAAUGUUAGAAAAGGAAUACUUGCUCAGGCAAUCGGAGGAGUUUUCUUUGCUGCUUUUGGUGGCCAACCAAUGAUUAUUUUAUUAACAACUGUCCCUCUAGCAAUAUAUAUUAAAGUAAUAUAUAGGAUAUCAGAAUCCCUUGGUUAUGAUUUUUUCGCAAUGUAUGCUUGUGUUGGCCUUUGGUGUCAAUUUUUUCUAGUUAUUUACGCAGCUACUGAACUUUGUAGUUUAAUGAAAUUGGCAACAAGAUCAGCAGAAGAAAUGUUUUCACUUUUUAUAGCUAUUGCUUUUGCUGUUGAAAGUGUUAGAGCAAUUCAUACAAGUUUCAUCGAUAACUAUCUAAGCUGUAUUGACACAACAUCAGUUGCUCAACCUCAAAACUUUUCUUUAUUAAACCAAAAAAUAUUAACAAAUACAACAGAAUUAAUCUAUCCACAGAUUGAAAAUGGUUGUAAUAGAGAUACUUUUAUUCUUUAUCUUCUUUUAAUGUUUGGAACAUUAUGGGUUGCCCUGUUUCUUUAUAACUUUAGAAAAACUCCUUAUUUGACACGAUCAAGGCGUGAAUGGCUUGCUGACUAUGCAUUACCUGCUUCUGUUCUUAUAAUGUCAUUUCUUGGAGAACAUACAUUUUCUAAAAUUGAUAAAGAUAUUUUUCAUAUGAGGGCAGAUGUUUCUCUUCUUAAAAUUCCCGAAUUUUGGCGCCUCUCUUGGCAGGCUAUUUUUGUUUGCUUCAUUCUUGGCUUUUUCCUCUCUUUUCUUUUUUAUAUGGAUCAAAAUAUUUGUUCAGCUAUUGUUAAUAAUAAUCAAAAUAAAUUAAAGAAGGGAAGUGCUCAACAUUUAGAUUUACUUGUUGUUUCUAUUUUAAACAUGUUCCUCUCUGUUAUGGGACUUCCAUGGAUGCAUGGAGCUUUACCUCAUUCUCCACUUCAUGUUAGAGCAUUGGCUGAUGUAGAGGAAAGAGUAGCUCAAGGACAUGUACAUGAAGUAAUAAUGAAUGUAAGAGAAACUCGACUAGCAACAUUAAUAGCUCAUAUAUUAAUCCUUGCUUCGACGUUUUUUCUUCUACCAUCACCCUUACAAUCUAUUCCCACUUCUGUAUUACACGGCCUUUUCCUUUAUAUGGCAUUCACUUCAUUGUCAGGCAAUGAAAUGGUUGAAAGAUUGUUAUUACUUAUUACUGAACAGCAAGCAUACCCUCCAACUCAUUACAUUCGUCGAGUACCACAACGUAAAGUUCAUUUAUUUACAACUUGCCAACUCAUUCAAUUAAUUAUUCUUUGUGCUGUUGGUUUUAGCCCUUAUCCUUUCAUAGAAAUGGUCUUUCCAAUUGUUUGUUUUUGCUUCUUGCCAAUUCGGUUAACUGAAAAGCAUUUAUAUUUUUAA